ACGUAAUAUAUAUACAAGCGCUGAUGAUCAUAACAGUAUCACUUCAGCAGCCAUCACCGAAUCAAACUCUUGGUCACCUCCUUCCUGAUCCUAACCAUGUCGAGUUCCGGUGAUCUCCUCAAUACCAAAACAACCCACGUGGCUCUAUUUCCCAGUGCCGGAAUGGGCCACCUUAUCCCCUUCCUCCGUUUCGCCGCCUUGCUCCUCCGCCGAAGCGACUGCCGAGUUACACUCAUCACUAUCAAUCCAACUGUCUCUCUAGCCGAGUCUCGACACACCUCCCAAUUUCUCUCUGCUUUCCCUCAAGUCAUUCAUCUACAGCUAGAACUCCUUCCUGUAGACCCAGCCACGGUCAACUCCGACGACCCAUUUUGGCUACGGUUUGAAGCAAUUCGUCGCUCAGCUCACCUCCUCGGCCCUCUCCUCUCCUCAACUUCGCCGCCUCUCUCUGCUCUCGUACACGACGUGAGUUUAGUCUCUCCUGUUAUCCCCAUUGCCCAAAGCCUCUCUCUCCCCAGCUAUGUUCUCUUCCCAGCUUCGGCUAGAAUGUUGUCGUUUGUCUCCUACUACCCAGCCUUCGCGUCUGGUUUUGAAUCAUCCAACUCUGGUCCGUUUGAAGGCGGUCUUGUACGAAUUCCGAGCAUUUCACCGAUACCCAAAUCGUCAAUCCCAACUCUGCUUCUGGAUCCGAAGAGUCUUUUCGCUCAGAUUUUAAUGGAGGACUCUCCGAAUCUCUCGAGACUUAAUGGGAUCCUGGUAAAUUCUUUCGAAGGACUAGAAUCAGAUUCAUUGAAAGCCAUUAAUGCUGGGAAAGUAAGCAAAGCGUUGCCGCCGCUAUUCACCGUCGGACCCUUCCCACCGUUCGAAUUUGAGAAGGUGGAAUGGUCAACGCCGACGACGUGGCUCGACCAGCAGCCAGAUGGGUCGGUGGUGUACGUCUGUUUCGGAAGCCGUACGGCUCUUUCCAGAGACCAAACGAGAGAGGUGGGAGAAGGUUUAGUGAAAAGUGGGUAUAGGUUCAUGUGGAUACUGAAGAAUAUGAUAGUGGACAGGGAAGACUACGAUGACUUAAAGGACGUAGUUGGGAGCGAGUUGAUGGAGAAGAUGAAGGGGAGGGGUUUGGUGAUCAAACAGUGGGUUGACCAAGGAGAAAUUUUGGGUCACAGAGCUGUCGGUGGGUUUCUGAGCCACUGUGGGUGGAACUCGAUAGUGGAGGCCGCACUACUUGGUGUUAAAAUCUUGGCGUGGCCGCUACAUGGGGACCAGGGGAUCAAUGCGGAGGUGGUCCGUGACAGCGGGCUUGGGAUUUGGGUCGAGAGUUGGGGCUUGGGUUGUGGAGGGAUUAAAAGUAAUGAGAUUGGGGAGAGAGUUAGAGAGUUCAUGGGAAAUGAGUCGUUGAGGCGGCGAGCAGCGGAAAUCGGUGACAUGGCAACGCAAGCUACUGUAGUUGGCGGGAGCCAGGAGAAAACGUUAGGCCGACUUAUUCAAGAGUGGGAUAAGAGGAAGAUGGCCAAAGAAUAAUUAACUAAUAAGAGCCCAUACCUUUGAUUGAGCUUUAUUGACAAGAAGUCGUAUGUCUUUAGUGGACAUGGUUACUUGAUUGGCAGUGGAUGGAGUGCUCUGUUGCUGAAGCUGUUGUCGGAAGGCAUCCACUUGAAGCUUGAGACUAGUAAUUUGGUCCCAGCAGGCUUCAUUUUCUUCUUUUAAUUUUUUGUUUACUAAUUCUUUCUCUAUUAUUGUUUUAUUAUAAUAAAUACAAUUGGGGCAAUUUAACUCAGUUACUUUUUCUUUCCGCUUA